UAAAUUUUAAAUUACCGGUGCCCGUUCAUAACAGUAAUCCCAAUUCCUAACCCAAUUAAGCGCGAGUACGGAGAAGAAAAAUCCACUGUGCAAAACGAAAUUUCAGUUCAGUUUUUUGCUUCGACCGAUCGGUGAUUUAGCAAUGGAGGUCUCUUUUCUCUCAAGAGCCUAUCUCUCAUCUCCUUCGUCCACAGAUCUAUCUAUCUAUUCCUACAAAUUUUCUGAGUCAGUGCCGCUGCUAAAAAAUUCUAUAAGAAUACCUUCACGGCAUCAAUUUUUACCUUCAAUUUCACUGAAUAAAGCAUCUCCACUUUUCAGAGGAAACUCUAUCAAGGUCUUAUGCAGUCUAAAGAAAGAUAUUCCCAUAGUUGAGGCCAGUUCUAUGGAUGAGAUUUACGACGCUUUAGCAGAACGCAUUCUUCCUACAGCAGCAGCUGCAUACAAUCCUAAUAAGAAGCAUAUUGUAGGCUUGGCUGGUCCUCCUGGUUCUGGAAAGAGCACUAUAGCUUCUGAAGUAGUGCGGCGUGUAAACAAGUUAUGGCCUCAAAAAGCUUCUUCAUUUGAUUCUCAAGUUGAUCCUCCUGAUGUUGCUACAGUUCUUCCCAUGGAUGGUUUUCAUCUUUAUCGUUCUCAGCUUGAUGCAAUGGAGAAUCCAGAGGAAGCUCAUGCAAGACGGGGAGCUCCUUGGACAUUUGCUCCAAAUUUGCUGCUUCAACGUCUAAAGCAACUGCGAAAUGAGGGAUCAAUUUAUGUUCCAUCAUUUGAUCAUGGUGUUGGAGAUCCUGUUGAAGAUGAUAUCUUUGUGAGUCUUCAGCAUAAAGUUGUCAUAGUUGAGGGAAAUUAUCUAAUUAUGGGAGAAGGGGAAUGGAAUGAUGUAUCAUCUAUGUUUGAUGAGAAAUGGUUUGUUGAUGUUAACCUCGACACGGCAAUGGAACGAGUUUUGAAGCGACAUAUCUCAACAGGAAAGCCUCCGGAUGUUGCAAAAUGGCGGAUAGCGUACAAUGAUCGGCCAAAUGCCGAGCUUAUUAUCAAAUCAAAGAACAGAGCAGACCUAAUUAUCAAGUCUAUAAAUUUCUAAAAUCGUCCUACAAGCAUAGUGUACUGGAAAAAUAAGAUCGAGAGAUCAGCGAAUAUGGCAAUUUAUGUGUUAGCUAGAGCGUCAUUCUAUGCUUGGUGUCGACUGUCAACUACUGGAGUUCGGAAAUUUCGGCCUCUUUUGUGCAUUCCUUGUAUUUUGUUUCAUUUGGUUAAUAGAAAUAAUGUUACUAUCAAAAAUAAAAUAAAAUAUUUAUCUAGAAAUAAAAUCUACAAAAUUUUGUAGAAUUCAUUUGAAUCAAAUGUACCUAACAUAUUAAGAAGGGAAUUCGAGUUUUGUUCUGUUUCA